CUAACCCUAACCUUAACCAUUUUAGAUUUCAAAUUCAAAGGGGUGACGUCAGAGUGGGACAUCCCAAGGAUCCCAAAUAGCAAGGAAACGGAUGGAUAUGAAAAGCUCUUUGCUGUAUCGGUAGAGUGGAAGCAAGAGCAGAAGGAUCCUUGGCUAAGGAGCCUGGAGAGAGUUGAUGAAUAGGGCUCGUUUAUCGCGUGCUGCUCUGUAUGGCAGAUGGCCCGCGCGAUCUACGGUCAGAACAUCUUGGUCUGAGUAGCAUGGCGGAAGCGUUCCUAGAUGGGAAGGAUGCUCACUCUCUUCUCAAGCGCUUCCCCCGAGCCAACAGUUUCCUGGAGGAGUUCAGACAGGGUAACAUCGAACGGGAGUGUGUGGAGGAGAGCUGCAGCUUCGAGGAGGCCAAUGAAGUGUUUGAGAACAAAGAGCGAACAAUGGAAUUCUGGAAGACUCGCAGUGUGUACACGGUGAGCAGCCACGAACAGAACAGGGACGGCCAUUCAGAGGGUCACCUCUACAUGGUGGUUCCCCUGCUGGGCGUGGCUCUCCUCCUCCUCAUCGCCCUCUUCCUCAUCUGGAGGUGCCAGCUGCAGAAGGCCACCCGCCGGCGGCCCGCCUACACCCAGAACCGCUACAUGAACAACCGCAACACCCGCAGCCUGCCACGCAUCCUGGUCCACCGGGACACGCCGUCCCACUCCGAGACCUCCUCCCACCCCAACCCACCCUUAUCCAGGCCCACCGUGGUGGUGAGUGGGGUGGAGAGAAUAGUAGGAGGAGGAAGUGGAGGAGGGUCGCUGGUUUACGCUGCAAGCGUUCCCCAAGAGCCCCAUUCCCAUCCACACCCCCCUCAGAACACUCGCUCCGCCCUGUACGUCCAGGAUCCGUCUGUGUCAGUAGCGUCGCGUCUCUCCGGUGCCACACCUCCUCCUUCCUACGAGGAGGUGACAGGACAACUGGAGAGCAGCAGCGAAGAGGUGUCGGCGCCGUACAGCGACCCACCGCCCAAAUACGAGGAGAUCAUCAAGGAGAAGUAAGCAGAGGGAGGGAGAAAGGGAUGGAGGGAGGCUGGGCCGGGGGCCAUACUGUCAGGUCCAUCCCUCCCUCCAUUGUCCCUGUCUCUGGUCUGAGGGGCUGGCAAACUGCUAGCUAUCCGUGGGAAAGAAUGCACUGUGGUAUCUACUAUCUUGGAGCACUUGUUGUAUCUAUCGCUGACUACAGUACAACGUUUGCACUUGGAACGACGACGAUUUGUGCUAUGUCUUCUUCUUGAGUUAUCUAUCUUGCCAAUGCCUGGGGUCUGGCGGUCUGUUUUGGUUUUGCGUUGUUGUUAUGCAUCAGUGUUUCUCACUGUACUCUGAAUGUGGUGGUCAUGGUGUACUAGUGCGUAUGACUCUGCAGUGAAGCGGUAUAUCAAUAAUAACUGUAAAUUGCUGCCUGGAUGGAUCGCUGUGCACUUGGACCACCUUUCUCUCAUCACACCAGCUGUAUUUAGUCACUCUGCAAAAAACAAUCCUCGCGUCUAAACACUGAAAAAACGACACCCCCUCACUGCCCUUUCCCUGACACCCUGAGGCACACCUUUAAAUGUGCCAGGCAGCCAGCCACGGCCUUAUCACGGUGAGAGACUGAGGUUGUGUCCCAAAUGGUGCCCUAUUCCCUACAUAGUGCACUCACUACUUUUGACCAGUGCCAUUUGGGACGUGGGUGUGUGAGGAAUCGAAUAUUGCCAAGUCACCUCCCUCCCCUGAGAGGAAGAGAGGACUGUGUAGAUGAAGAAAGUGAGGAAGUGUCCAAGCCCUCAGUAUUACUUCUCCCUCUCGAGGGUUGUGCCGUGACUCAUGAUAAAGGAGAGUUGAUUUGCCAAAUGUGCACUGCUGAUUACGUGUACUACCUUCUGAACACACUGGAAAUGAAAGAAAAUGAAAGAAUGAAGGAAAAAGUAGAUUCUUUCAUUUAAUGAAAAGUAGUGUGGUUUAUCAAACAGAAACAGUAGCCAGUGUUUGUGGACUAUGGGACUAUAGGACUAUCUUAUCAUGAAGAGGAUGCAGCCAGACACAGCGGAUGAGUUGGGAUCUUCAGUGUUUCUGCUCUUUGUCUGAACCCAACGUAUAGGCCUUCUUUCUCCAGAUACAUCCUCUGGUCAUGGAAGGGCCUUGAAUUAAGAGGAAAUGUAUGCACUCCAAGUGUAUGAAUGGAAGAACACGCAUACUAUCUCAAAAUGUCAAUCAGGCACAGAGACAUUUGAGUUUUGGGCUAAUUAGAAAAUAAGUGAAUGACCUGAUAAUUAAUUUCAGUCCUUUAUUAAGCUUACCAGUAAAUAUACUAUCUUACACACACAAACACAGACACACAGAUGCGCACACACACAGGUACGCACGCACACACACACACUCACACCCACACCCACACACACACACACACACACGAAGCACAAUCAGUAGCUCUGACAACAUUCCAGUCAACCCUCAGCCUAUCCCUCUCAAAGCUGCAGAGUGGAUUUUAUAGUGCUGGCUUCAGUACCGCUGUGCUACAACUGCCACUAGACUAAUCCCUAGACUAGUGAGCAAUCCGUGGUCGGGUACAGUACAUCACCAUCAUGACGUGCUAGCUUAAUGGUGCAAAUGCUCUUCUUCUCUUCAGUCUAUUCUUGUUUUGUUAUUUGCCUUUUGACUGCUUUUUCACUUGUGGCUCGUUUCACUGGUGUUCAGACCUUGUUCAACCAGCCAUCCACCAACCAGGACAUGCAACAGAAGCUGUGUUUCAGUAUCGGCUCAGGUUGCCAGCAGUAACAGUCUCUAUGUUAUAUACUAAUCACUGCCAAUGGCUGGACCAAAUGGGAUCACAAGAUAACUUGGACUUGUACUGCAAUACCUGGGGGUUUUUUACACAGGGGGGAGAGAGAAAAGGAACGGCCAAGGGCAGAGAGAGAGGGAGAGAGAGAGAGAUAGGGAGCGGGAGAUGCCCUCUGGCCUGUCUGGGGCCUUAUCCUCAAGAUUAGCAAGGUUAGCGUCUGGCCUGGCCUUAGUCUGGUCUGCAGUUUUCGAUCCUGGUGGAAGGGAAGGAGGGAUGACGAAACACUGCAAUGGUCCCUCCCUUUCUAGAGGAGCCAGAUGCUGGCUGCUUCUGAUGAUGCGAGCACUGUCUGUCUGCUUCUGAUGAUGCGAGCGCUGUCUCAAGCCUCUUUAUACUGACAUCUAUUCUACAGUUUGUGCUGAUUCAUAUCCAUGGAAUGAACAGUGUGCGUGUGUAUGCGUGUAUGUGUGUGUGCGCCUGUAUUUGUGCCGAAACACUCCUCAAAAAUUCACUUCACUAAAGAAUGAAUUACCCCACAAAAACGAUUGUUUAAGUUCUUUACUAUAUCUAUAUAUUCAUGUAUGUACAUGUACAUAUACAGUGCCUUCAGAAACUAUUCAGACCCCUUGACUUUUUCCACAUGU